CAGAAAAAAGUAAUGAGUCAAGAAGAAAAAGACGCAAGUAUGGAUAAGAAAGAAAUAGCUGAGGAAGAGCGAGAGAAAAUGCUGAAUGAAGAGAACACAAAGCAUUCGGGAUCGGCUCCAGCUCCCGAUCUUGAAUCUGAAGAGAAACCUAAGAAAAAGAUCCCAAUUGGAGGAAUAAAGAUGCCUGGGUUCUGUCGAUCUAAAAGCAAGGAGACUUGCAAGGAGGAGGGAAAACCUGAGGGAACUCCUGAAGAAGCCGGAGCCGACGGAGCUAAAGAAGAUAACCCCCCGGAGAAGACAACGCCCGCUAAAGAGAAGGAAAAGGAGCGCAGGGGAAUUUUAAAUGCCAUCAGGUUGCCCCUCGUUUCGGUUUUUCCGAAGAAAAAAAAGGAAACCGACGCGGAGUUAGGAGCAACCGCGGGGUUGGCGAGCGUGGAAACCCUAGGCGAAGGUGGGGAGAAACCCGACCCGGAGGAUGGGAUGGAGACGGUGAGGUUAGACGGUGGUGGGGAUACCACCGACGAGCCGCCGUCUAAGAGCAGCCCAUUGGCCAUCUGGAUCGCCGUCGCUCGGCGAAACCGCCUCGUCACUGCUGCGGUGAUUCUAAUCCUGCUGAUCACGAUAAUAAUAAUAAGCGUAGCCUGCGCGGGUCCUCAACAGCUGAUCAAGGCGCCUGUGAAGGACGGAAAAGUGGAAGCGUCGACAUCUUGCGGUCCGGUCCAGGGAGUGUUAGAAGAUGGCGGGUUCGCGUUCCGGGGAAUCCCUUACGCGCUUCCACCAGUUAAUUCUAGUCGUUGGAAGCCCGCGGAGUCGAUCCACAAGAUAGAGUCUUGCUGGAACGGAACUUACUUGGCGCACAAUUCUUCAGAGUUCUGCUGGCAGCGCGACCCCUCGGGAAAAGUCUCAGGCUCGGAAGAUUGUCUUUAUCUAGACAUCUUCACGCCUCAAGUGAGGUACUACAACCCGCUUCCAGUUGUGGUGAUGAUUGGCGCAGACUCUUUAUCCGGAGGCUCUCCGGGAGUGAUGCAGCCUUCGGCAAAACUCGCCCGAGUCCGUGAUAUGGUCUUCGUCCGUCCGAACUUCAGGUUAGGUGUCUUCGGGUUCCUGGCCGCGGAACCGCUGACUCGCUCCAGCUACCCCCAGACUUCUGGAAACUACGGACUGUCGGAUAUUAUUGCCGUGCUCAAGUGGGUCCAGCUUAACAUCCAGCACUUUGGAGGAGAUAAGGAUAAAGUCACAGUUUGGGGCCAUAGAGCCGGAGGAACCUUAGUUGCUGCUUUAUUAGCCUCCAGGCCUGGAAAGGAGACUGAUAAGGAGAAGAAAUUGUUCUCCAGAGCUUGGAUCUCCUCAGGGAGUGUCAUGUUCCCCACUAAGCCCCUUAAUGCUUCAGAGAGGAUGGCUGAGUCCUUUUUGAAUAAUAUCCAGUGCAGGGAUAUCUCUUGUCUCAGGACCAAGACUGCGGAGAGUAUCAUUGAGGCGGUGCCGCAGAAUUGGUAUCAGCAUGAUAUUGGACUUCCUGAACCUAGGGAAGCUUCUUCUGCUGAGUGGAGGCACGAGUGGAUUGUUAAUGAUGGGGUUAUUGUUCAGGAAGAUAUUCUGCAGGUUCUGCAACGAGAUGGCCCACCAAUUCCAACAAUGUUCGGAACAACAGCGCACUCUGCAACGCCCCAAAGAUUCCGUAACCCCAACGCGACGAUAGAAUCUACCCAAGUCACCGGAAUAGUCCGUGAAUCCCUCCUAGGAACCACAGGAAUCGCCGAGGAAGCCAUUUCGCGUUACAACACAUCUUUAAAAGGAUUCGUGAGCAUGAUUUCUGACAUCCGCGUGGUCUGCCCUCUCUGGAACUUGACCCGUUCUUUAAGCAACGAGGACCGUGAUGUUCCCUUCUACCUCUCCACGCAGCCUCGCGGCCAUCUUGCUGACGUAGACAGCGACGUGGCCUCCAUUUUGGGUUCCUACACCGCCAGAACGCCGGAACAGAAGCGCCACGUCUCGGCAAUUCAGCAAUUGUUUAACCAAUUUGUUUGGAACGAAAAAAUGAUCGAAGCAGCUAAUGUUCCGCGCUCACGCACUGUAAUUGUUGUUGGCCAAGAUAUCUUGCCUCAGAAUAAUUUGGACAAUUGCGAGUUCUGGAUUAAAAAGAACAUUGUUCCCCGGUACGCGAGGCUGGAUUAAUAAGCUUUGUUUGUGCUUGUUCACCGCUACAUGCAUUUGAAGCUGAUGCACGAUUUACGUGUGUUUGUGUAUAAUUGUAUAUUGAUAAUCGAUGCGGAUCUUGAGGGAGAAAUUAUUCGGCAUGCGCAGAAAAAAGUUAUCUUGGAAAAAAUUUUAAAUAUACUACCAAGAAAUUUGUUUUAUUUAAAUUGAGUAGUUAAUAAAUUUCGUUAAAAAAUUACGUUUGCUCGUAGUUAAAAAUUUUAAAUUGGCGAAGUAGUAUCAUUCGGUUUCAACAGACUAAGUUGGACAGGGUUCGAUUCCAGUCUUGGGUUAA